AUGGCUAUGGAAACAUACAAGAUGUGGGUAGGAGGAGAGGAGGUUGAAGGUCAAGCGGAGCAACUAUCGAUUGAGGAUCCCUCGACAGGAGAGUUAUUCGCAACUUGUCAUGCAGCAUCUCCAGAAGACGUAGACUCAGCAGUGCGCAAAGCGCACACCACUUUCAAAUCAGGUGUUUGGUCGAAAGCACCCCGCCAUGUCCGCGCAGAUACCCUAGAGCGCGCUGCAGAUCUUCUGACCAAGAACCUUCCACGGCUGAUUGAGCUGGAAGUUCGACAGAGUGGACGCGCUAUUCGAGAGAUGAACGCUCAGGUCCCGACUUUGACGAAGUGGUUCAAAUACUAUGCCAGUUUGAUCCGGACCGAAGAGCGAAGCGUGAUGCCUACCAUGGGGAAGCUUCAUAACUGGAUUGAUCGCGUGCCAUUGGGAGUCGUCGCCCAGAUCACUCCAUUCAAUCACCCGAUGCUCAUCGCCGUGAAGAAGAUCGCGCCUGCCCUUGCGGCAGGGAAUUGUGUCAUCUUGAAGCCCAGUGAACUUACCCCACUUACUAGCAUCGAGCUGGGUAAGCUGUUGAAAGAGGCGGGUCUUCCCAACGGUGUCUUUACUGUUCUUCCCGGAGACGGAGCCAACACUGGAAAGGCACUUGUAUCGCAUCCACUCAUCAAAAAGGUGGAUGUCACAGGCGGCACGCCCGCAGGCCGUGCAAUUGGCGCCAUAGCUGGCGGUAACCUCGCGCAUUUCACCGCAGAGCUCGGCGGUAAAGCCCCUCUCAUCGUUUUCGAAGAUGCCAGCAUUGAUGCCGCUGUCAAUGGGAUCGCGUUCGGCAGCUUCAUCGCAAGUGGACAAACGUGCGUCGCAGCCACUCGUAUCAUCGUACACAAAAACAUCACCAACAAGGUCCUUGGAGCGCUUCGCAAGAAAGCUGAGAGCAUCGAGCGUCGCAUGGGUAGUCCCUCAAAUCCCGAUUCUAUGAUGGGUCCGCUCAUCUCAGCCAAGCAGCUCGAAAACGUGCGCGCGCUCGUGGACGAGGCGCUAGAGUCCGGUGUAUGGUUGUACGGAGGGGGCAAGCGCAUGACCGAUACAUCUCUCUUGGACGGCACCGACUUCUCCAAAGGCUACUACUACCCGCCCACUAUUUUGGCCGACAGCGAUAAGCACAAGAUCGUGGACACGCGCAUCUGGAGAGAGGAAGCCUUCGGUCCGGUCAUCGUGGUGGUAGAAUUCGAUACAGAAGAAGAAGCACUGAAGCUUGCGAACGACAGUGAAUUCGGCUUGGGUGCAGCGAUUUGGACGCAGGACUUGGCACAAGCGUAUCGCGUCUCGGAGGCGAUUGAAGCGGGUAUCUGUUGGGUAAAUACGCAUCAUCGGAAUGAUCCGAGUAGUCCUUGGGGUGGGAUCAAAAGCUCGGGUGUGGGGAGUGAGAACGGUGUCGGUAAGUGA